GUGACUCUGGGCAGUGUUUCAGAAGCUUACCCCGCGAGGUCGUUGCCCUUUGACAUUCCUCCCCUCCCUUUCGCCCUCAGCUCAGCUCAAAAGACAACCACUUACACCUACGAAUCACGAUCCGCCUCUUGAUUCCGCAUACCUCAUAUCUUUGUCCAGUCUUCUCGUUCGCCCUUCGCCCCCAACAAACCUUCCAACCCGAAGCCGCUUUCGCUUCUUCCCCGCAAUCAACUCGAACCUUAACUUCUUAAGGGUAGCUUCUCCCAAUUCACCUCUACCACAUCCCAACUACAUCGCACAACUUGAACCUCAGCUCUACAAUCCUCUUAAUUAACCAUGGUCGACCGUCCCAAAAAGCCCUCUGCCCUCUCGGCCACCCCUGGACUUGCUCCUCAAGCACAGGUCAACAUCUCGCACUCCAACUCUGUUGUCUCAGCCGUUCUGCCUACCGGAGAAUCGGUUGAGAUCUUGUUGUAUGGAGCGACGAUUACGAGUUGGAAGAAUGCCAAAGGGGAGGAGAAGCUUUGGCUGAGUGAGAAGGCCGUGCUUGAUGGGGGAAAGGCGGUUAGAGGGGGGAUUCCACUUGUUUUCCCUGUAUGUGUUUAGCGUUUCUUUCUCUUCUGCCCGGUUCAUGGUGAUUGUAUGGAUGUGGAUGAGUAUGGAAGAUACUAAUUGUUUCGCAUAGGUCUUUGGCACUGAUCCAUCUCACGCGGCCACGGCUAAACUCCCUCAACACGGCUUCGCACGUACGUCUACUUGGGAGUUUCUAGGUAAAUCUACAUCCGAGUCGACAGAAAGCAAAGAUGGCGGUGAUAGCAGUGUCAAGUUGGAUUUCGGACUCAGCUCCAAUAAUUUGAGUGAGGAGAGUAAGGCAGCUUGGAGUUACCAGUUUGGACUCAUUUACAGCGUGACUCUGGGAAAGGAUGGAUUGGCUACUAGUAUGGUGGUUAGGAAUGAGGGUGAUAGUGCUUGGGAUUUCCAGAUCUUGAUGCAUAGUUAUCUGAGAGUUGCCGUGAGUUUUCUUCCCCUCCUUUGUAGCUAUAUUCUUGGCAUGGUCUUGGGUCUUGGAAGUGGGUGAUUUGCGGUCCCAAUUUUUACUGACGAUAUAUGGAUAGGAUAUCUCCAAAGUCUCAGUCACAGGCCUCGAAUCAUCAUCGUACGUCGAUAAAGUCGCUUCCCCGAUUAGCACCACUACUUCUCCCGACGCGCCAGUCACUAUCACGGAUAAAACUGAUCGUGUGUAUACCCCCGCUGGUGGACCUUCUGCACCUGUUGCCGUUCUCGAAGAUGGGAAGAAGGCGUUCGGUAUCGUGAGGGAUAAUUUGAAUGAGGUCGUCGUUUGGAAUCCUUGGACUGAUUGCAAGAGUAUCGGGGAUUUCGCGCCGGCGGAUGGGUAUAAGAAUAUGAUUUGUGUUGAGGCGGGGGCCGUGAAGGGAUAUCAGAAGUUGGAGGCUGGGGAGACUUGGGAGGGAGGUCAAUUCAUUGGUUCCGCUUAGAGGAGAGGGUUGGCGAUGGUGGUGUGCGCAA